UUUAUCGAAGUGUCAGUACUUGCUACAGCAACUUUACCAACAAAACUACCAAAAUGUUCAAGCUUUUCGUUUUCGCUGUCGUCUUAGCUGUUGCUUUGGCCGCUCCAGCUCCUGAGCCAAAGCCUGAGGCAAAACCUGAACCCAAGCCAAGUGUGAUAGCCGCUGCAUAUACAGCACCUGUCGUAGCUGCAGCUCCUGUAGCCUAUACUUCUGCCUACUCGCUUCCAUAUGCCAGCUACUACGCUCCUUCAGUUUAUGCUGCAGGAUACUCUGCUUACUCUCCUUACUCGGCGUCUUAUGUAGUCGUUUAAGAAAGG